AUAAACCACAGGCAACCCAAUUUCUGUGCAUGAUUAAAAGAGCCUGGAACAGACUUCGUAAAUACAAACAUAUCGAAGUGAACUUUGCUCCAAAAAUUUUCCCAAAAAGAGGCGUUUUAUGCUACCUAGUUGCAAGCCAUAUUUCACUAACUGAACUAGAAUAGGCUAGUAGAACAAUUAUAUAUCUAACAUUGGACGUUUCUCAGCAAUCGUGACUUGAAUCGAUUGGUUUUGCUCGGUUCUAUUCUAGAGAGACAUCUUCUAGAGAGUAGUGAGUCAGAUCAGCAAAAUAUUUCUAGGUUUUGGCUUUAAUAGGUUAGCAAAUAUGAGUUUCCUAUAUGCGAUUUUCGUCACUUUACUUGCUAUCCUACUCGUGGUCGCUUCUUAUGCUCUGUACAUUGUCCACCGUCGAAAGAAGUUUUCCCAUAUCCCCGGACCUCGAGUUGCAAGUUUUUUCAGUGGGAACCUGCCUGACCUUAGAAAUAACCUCAAAACUGGACGUCCCAGUGAUCAGAUUUUUCUUGACUGGCACAAGAUGUAUGGAAAAGUGAUCUGCACCUGGUUCUACCACUCCCCAUUUCUAAGCAUUGCUGACCCUGAUAUAAUAAAGGAACUUCUCAUUACUAAAAACUUACCAAAAAGCAAGUUUGCUUAUGAUCCAGUGACAAGUGUCUACGGAAAAAGGUGUUUAGGACAUGGCCUUGCUACAGAGUCAGAUCACCAAAAAUGGAGCAAACGAAGAAAGAUCUUUAAUCCUGCCUUUCAUCGUGUGUGCCUGAAGGAUAUGAUGAAGGCUUUCAAUUCAAGUGCAGACCUGUUCAUCAAGAAACUGCUUGAAAAAGCUGAUGGGAAGACAGAGGUUGUGAUGACUGAUGAGUUUGCUAGAGCAACCUUAGAUGUCCUUUGUAAGGUUGCAUUUGGCACUGACCUGAACAUCAUCAAUGACCCAAACUGCAAGUUCACCAAGAAUGUCACUACUAUGUUAGAUGGAAUGGAAACGGCUUCAUUCCACCCAUUUGGAUGGAUGAAUCCCCUUAACUGGCCCUACCAAAGCAAAGUGAGGUCUGCUAUAGAUUUCAUCCGUGAAACUGGUAAAAAGAUCAUUGAAGUCCGUCAGCUGGCGAUCAACCAUGGAGAACAAGUGCCUAAUGAUAUUCUACAGCAUAUCUUGGCUAUCGCAGAGGAAGAUCCAACAGCAGACAUCGAGGAUAUGCUGGAUGAAUUUGUCACCUUUUUUGUUGCUGGUCACGAGACAACUGCUAACAAGUUGAGCUUCUGCGUCAUGGAGCUUGCUGACCACAGUGAAAUACUAGAAGAGCUGGUCCAAGAAGUCUUUGAAGUUCUUGGCGACAGGACUACAGUGCAUUUUGAUGACUUGGCUAAAAUGCACCACAUGGGAGAGGUUCUCAAGGAAACGCUCCGUCUGUAUCCAUCUGCAACAGGAACAGUUCGUGUUACAGAGAAAGACGAGAUGAUAGGUGGUAAACUUGUUCCAGCAGGAACUACGUUGAUGUUCAGUUCAUACAUAACUGGCAGAUAUCCUGAAUACUGGCCUAAUGCGGAAGACUUUAAUCCACUGCGCUUUGAAGAUAUGGAUGGAGAUAAAAGGUCACACUUUACCUAUUUUCCAUUCUCCGUUGGCCCUCGUAACUGCAUUGGCCAACAUUUUGCCCAGAUCGAAGCCAAAGUGAUCUUGUCACGCUUCAUCCAGACCUUCAAGUUCAGGCUCGUCCCAGGACAAACCAAGCAGAUCACUGAGAAGAUGACGAUUAGACCACGUGAUGGAGUCAUUUGCACCCUCGUUCCACGGCACAAGUCGUAACUUAGUGCAGUAUGGGAUUCCUGUGGUCAUGCCAAGAUACAGUAAACUGAUUUUACUUGCCAGCUUUCUUCCUUAUUGGAAGAGAGAACAAUCAAAGACUCCAAGGUGCUAAUAAAUCAAGUUGUCAUUUAAUUCUGCAAAGAACGUGUGCGAUAUGGCAAAAGACCAUGCCUGAUAUGAGACCGCAUCAGCACUUCUCAUCUGCUCGCGCUGGGUAYGAUAGAGUAUAGUAUUGCUAUAGAGAGAGUUUGAGCAUUUCUUUGCAGAAUUAAAUGAUAAACAACUCAUCAGUAGGCUUAAGCAUCUGGUACGGCUUUGCUCAUCGCUUGUAUUUUGGCUCGCCUAAAGGUUUGCCAAAAUACUCCGUGACUUGUAAAAAUUCACAGCCGUAUCAGACGCUUAGUCGACUGAUAACCUCUAAUGAUUGGAAAGUACAUGUGCAUCUGGCUGUAUCUUGGGAAACGUCUAUUUAAAGACUUAGUCAUUCUAAGGCUGAGGAAAAAACUGGGUUGAAAUGGCAUUGCAGUGCAAUUUGGGGUUCUUUCCAAGAUGGCGUCUGUUUCGUCGCAGUCCCACAAUACACUACACUACUUGACACAGUUUUUUCCUUAGCUUUGGAAUACCGAAUAACAUUUGAUUUUUAAUUCUUUGAGUAACUUCAAGACAACUGUGUACAACAUAUCUAUAGAUCUAGCAUUCCAGGAAAUGACYAUAAUGAUCUUAGGUUUUUGAUUUUUUCUUCUUUUUUUUGCCUCAAAACUACCAGGCAGUCAGACUAACCAAGGAUGCAUGCUUGUUUCUGAUUGGUUGACCAUGUAUUUAGCCAACCAAUCAGAAACGGGGCGAUUGUUUGGUAAAUUAUAAUCUUUCGGUGUAUGUUUGACGAUUGAUUCGGUGUAUGGUUGACGAUGUAUAUAGCCAACCAAUCAGAAACGGGGUAAUUUUUUGUAGUGUUUAAAAAACGAGGAGUGUUUUAUCAGGUAUAAAAGCACAGGGCGUAGCCGAGUGCUU